CAAAGGCAGUAAUAGUUAGUUUGUUUGACCACAGAUUCGCCUAGUGACGGCUGUUGCUCGUGCGUGGUUGCUGUCAAGUCUCGAUCAGCGUAGGCGAUAGCUACGCUGAGCGCUGGCUAGCUGUUCUGCUCACUCGAUCGAUCGAAUCAGUGCAAUCACUGGUUAGUGCCGUCGUCUUGCGCACUCUCGAGCUCACACUCACAGUCAUAGUCAUAAACAUUAUGUUUGUGUUGAGAGUCACAUUUUCUCCGCGCUGUGGCUAGACUUCCGUAAAGCCGCCAUCAUCAACUACUCGAACUCGUAGAGUCUCACUCGUAGUGCCCCUGACGGCCAGUAGAUCUACGACUAAGAGAACCUAGAGACUAGAGUGACUAGACUGGCUGCAGCUGCGGAUCUGCCUUCAACUCUGGCCGUUGCCGGCGUUGGCGAAACUCCAGUGGUUCUGGUCCCUCAGGGAGCACAACAGCGUUCAGUCAGUGUUAGUACUCGCCCAAAUCUAGUAUUUUGAGAAGAUCUGUUUACAAUUGUAGACCUUGAGAUUGUGGAGAUCCCGCAAAACCUAUGCGCAGCAAUCCGCAAGUACAUUUGGUUGAAGUCGUCUAGAAACUGUCGUUCAACGGAUCCGCCUGUACCGGCCGGGGCGCUUACAGUACGGAACAAUCGCGUGGACUGAGAAUCGCUGGUUGUGGAAAACAGCUGAGCCCGAACACGAUGAGUAUCAAGAAGAUGAUACUGUCUAUUCGCUCCAAGAAGAGCUCGAAAUCCUCAGCAGCCGCCAGCGCAGAUGAGUUUCAACUGAAUUACUACUGGGGAGCCCUGUCCAAGGAGACCGAAAUUCAAAUCCUCAGCAAAUGCCGAGACGGCUCUUACCUGCUACGGGACUGCCACAGCGAUCCUGAUCUCUUCACCUUGGCUGUAAAGAAUGGUUCCAGGAUCUACCGAUACAGAUGCUGUGUGUCUGUUGCCAUGGAGAUGAUCCGAAUGGGCGAAUCCUGUAGUGAUGGUGAUGGACAUUUGAUCGUCUUCACUCGACCCAUUCUCAGACCUAAGAAUUACCCUCCGGCAAGCCCGAAAACAGAACGGAGCUAUGUUGAAUUGCUGGAGAGCUGAUGAAGAAGAGGGCGUGUUCGGAAUGCAGAAUAUGAUGUGCCGCGCUACACACAUGAAACCGUGCACACUGCGGUGUCCACGCAGUGCGGACCCGGCUGCUGUUGUCACUGCACUCUUCUCCUGCAGUUGAUAUCAGUUUGGUGCUGACCAAACCAACUACCGCUGUGUUCAUCUCGAAUACAGUAAAACCAUUUUCGAAGCGGACGCCCUUGGUGCAGCGGAAACUGUCCUGACAAGACAGGAUUCCUCGUGAUACCGGGAUGCACGUUAAAAUCCACAGUACGCCUGUGCAUGGAAUCGACAGUACGCCGGUGCAUGGAAUUUUCACGGUCAGUACUGGUUUCCGCUUGGUACAGGAUCCGGCAAACUCCAAUUUUACUGUAUUGUAUGUACUCUUUGUCUGACCUAUAUCCCAUCUAGAGCUUCUUUCAUGGGCAUUUUAUUUUGAAAUCCAUAAUUAUCGUUACUGAACUUUUCGGCUCAAGUUAGUGAAAUGUUUCAACUUUCAAUUUAAAUCAAAUCUUUCUACGCAAAUCUCCAUCGAACUUUCUGAAAAUAAUGAUUAUCUUCUUUUUGACACGUUUGCCAAGUCUUGAUAAAGUUCAUGAUAAAGUUCAUGUGUCAUUGACAUUCUGUUGAAAUUUCCUCAGCACUUGAUGUGUGGAUAGGCCUAUUUAUUAUUAUCAAUCUCCACCUUUCACCUCAUGCUCUUGAGAGUGCUUUAUUGGUUUGAAACGAUCUGAUACGAAACAUUUUAUUCUG